UUAAGGCCAAGUGUGACCGAUUAAAUGCAUUUUCGUGUGUAUUUCAGCAGUCAACAUUCUAAAACUGAAAUGGUCGAAAGCAAACAAGUUUCAAUUCACAAACAGAAAGUAGUGUAAAACAUGUGCAAAAUACAACAAAUGCAUUGUGAAUUCGUACCUGGACUGUGUGCACUAGCGACAUUUGUAGUGUAGCGUGCACUGCGAGCGCGCCGCUGCCUCAUUACAGUUAACAUUUUUGCGAAUGAUGAGUAACACACGAAACAAUUGCAUGAAUGUUGAUGAAAACGUCUCUGUCGCAGCCACUCCCGGCGGCGGCGCGACACCGUCGACCGUGAUGCCGGAAUUUGUGCACCUGACUGAGACGCGUCGGUGUAUUUAUAGAGCGAUCGCCGCUAUUCACGAUGACAGCUUCAACAAUGUUAUGAAUCGACUGCUCCGACAGUUCGAGUGUGCCAUACGAGAGGAGCUGGAGUGCGCACAGAACUCCCCGUUAAUAUGCCGAAAAUUGGCGCGCAGUAUAAUCGGUCUCACCGACCUUAUCUACACUCUAAAGGGCCGGCGUGUGCUGGGUAAUAACAGCUGGAAUCUUUCCUGUGACCGUUGGUGCUACAUUGUGGCUAAUUAUAUUGCCUGUGAGCUGUGUGCCGCCCAGGAGCGCGUCGAGAAGGAGCAGUGCAUCAUUGAGAGGAUCGGCAGCAUGCUCAGCCUAUAUGUUGAAGAUAAUGAUAGGAGCUCUGCUGUACACAAGGAAAAGACGCUGCUCACGCUGAUCGCCGUACCAAAGCUGUAUGGCCAGGCGAACAUCAUCACCGUUUUCUACAGCCGCCUCUUUCCGCAAUGGUCCUCAACAUCAGGCCUGUUUAGUCAGGCGGAGCUGCCCGAUAAAAUAUACAUCGAAUAUAUUAUCAUAUUUUAUUACUGGCAAAGGCUUGAGCGCGAUGAGUUGACCAAGCAGCGCAUUUUUGAGUUUGCGAUCAAAUUUAUGCGGCCCGCAUGCACGCUACCUUACAAUCCCGCCUACAUAGAGCAUUUGCCUAAAUACAGAUCACCCAGCACGGCCACACGUUGCAUUUUGGAACAUCUGAGCCUCCAAAAGUGCUGCAGAGGAUUGCAUGCUGCCAGCAAGAUGGACAAUCGAACGCUGCAACCAACUGAUUUAAUACUUGACUCCGAUGAGGAGGAUACAGCCUCUGAAUCCAGUUUAGUGUUAGUCGGUGUAUUGCUGUCAGCGUCAACGACAACACAGAUUCCGCCACCGCCAGCUCCAGAUCCGCCUGACUUUCUAAAGCGUCUGUGCCGCAAUGCCAGCCACUUGGAGCCAGUGAAGCGCGCUACGGCCCUGUAUCGCGGAAUUGAUCCCACGUGCGAAGUUGUGGAUCUCUGUGAAUCGGAUGAUGACGACGAAAUGUUCUCCCUUGACUUUAGUGUGCCCGCCAAUGUGGAUGGAAAUGGCUCCAAUUCGAACGAGGCGGCGGGAGUUGGGGAAGAUGAUUUAGUGCCCAUAACGCGUAUAUAUCCCAUUAAUUUGCGAACUUAUCAACGCGCAACAAGCAGCGGCGCAACCGUGGCUGCGCCUGCUGCAACCUACACAAUGCCGCGCAUAGUCAACAGCUACAGCUGCCGUCGGGACAGUCUGCACCUCGUGUCUACAACACAAACGCCGCCACAUCUUGUCGAUCAGUGCGUACAAACGGCAGAGCAGGAGGCAGAAGCACAACAACAUUUGGAACCAGAGGAACAGCUGCAGCAGCUGGACUUGAAUGAUGAGGCCAUAUCUAGUUGCAUGCUCUACUCCGAUACGGAGUUGUCCCCCAGCACUUCAACCCCCAAACUGAUCUACAAAGCCUCAUUCCCCCGCAGAAAAAUCAUCAAUGCCAGUAAUAUAGCUGAACCCAAUGACAAUCACCACUGCCAUCAAUCAUCUAGUCGCAAUAGCCAUAGCAGCGAGGCGUCGCUGCACAAGAAGCAAGUCACUUUCAGUGCACAGCAUUUGGGCGCCUCCAACAAAUCCCAGUUAAGCAAAUCCUUUAACACCAUUAAGCCAUCAAUUAAAAAUUAUAACAAGUUAAGUAAUACAUCACUUUCGUCGCUGACACCAAGCUCAUCAAUGGACUUUAUUGAAUCUCUUAAGUGGAUGGGACGCAAAGAACAUUUACUUGCCGGCCAGCGCAUGUUUAGCAAAUUGGAAUCGAAGAAAAUCUGUGAUAAAAGGACUACUGAAUCGUUGUCUUCCUGCAAUCGACGUGGGCGACCAGUUAAACAGGCGCGUUCGUCAGCAGCCAUCGCGAACACGCCCACAAGUCAGCUCACGCCCACGACAAGCAAUGCUUCAAGUGGCACACCGACACCACAACCAAAGCGACUGCAGGCUCGCGGCCCACAACGUUCACUGCCCACGCCACCCGCCUCCACGCACAGCUCGGUUGAGACAUACCGUCGUCGAAGAUCGACUGAUAGCACGCAGAACUCUAUUGACGUUGAUCGGGUGCAGGCAUUGGCCAGAAAAUAUAAAUUUGACCGACGCAAGUUCGCUGAUACGUCCACGGAGCAUGUAGAUUUCUACAAUAGUCUGCUUCAGCUUCAGCGCAGGAAACUUGACGAGAAGCGAGGAUCCAGUGUUAUAAAGCCGCCGUCAGAGUUCGACGAAAAAGUCAGAAAGCGAUUGCAUGCGUCGAAUAUCGAACUGCGCAAGGAUAUCGAGAGGCUGGAGAAUGAAGUGGCAAUCAUCAAAAGCUUUGCGGCGCAGGUGCAUGCAAAGAAGACAGCGAUGCCAAUGCCUGUUGUAAGACUGAAGCGCAUCCACUUUGAAGACUCGGAGGAACUGGUUCGGCCCAAGGAGCUAAAGCUGACCAAACGACGCCGGCGACGAAAACAACAUGGCUGGAGCCGGAUAAAGAAUGUUAAGAAAAAGCUGGCCCAGCAAAAUAUUGAAAUUUGGACUGCUUCUCCAACUCUCACUUCUGAUAUUGCUUCUGGCACGGAUUCCGUUGCUCCUGCAGCUCCUAUUGAUUUCGCUGUUUGCGCGUCGCCUCAGCCAGACUGCAUUGCCGCCUAUGUAACAUUGGCAACAAAUGGCGAGUCCUGCAGUGAGGAGGAUGCAGUGAUUAAGGCAAUAACAACGCAAGAUUGCACGCCCAGUCGAGAGGCGGAACCCAGCAGUGUUAUUGCCGCACAUGAGAUCGAAGUGGCCUCCAGUAAUGUACCUGUGUAUUUGCUCAAUGGCGAGAGCCGCGAUGUGAUGACGCCCGUGCCACCAUCCUUGUUCAGCGACGCUGUUACAUCGGAACCGUAUCAUUCGUGAGAAGAAGCUGCUAGUCGCGCUUGUGGAAUCUAAUUGGCCAUUGGCCACUUUUAACUGUAGUCCAUAUAAA